GGGAUGUGGGUUAUGCAGCUGUGGAGGUAAGCUAGGCAAGUAAAUUUGUAGGUUGGUAGGGCAUGUGUAGGUGGCAGACCGACUUGCCUCCCACCUACCUACGUACAGGUAGCGAUUGAUUAGACGGCGAGUUAGGUAGGGAGGCUUGUGACCUCUCCUGUAGAAUGGUCUCUGCUUCCAUGUACAUAUCUUUUUGCACAGUGCAUUGCGAGUUAUGAGCAGGAUAUCCUUUGCUUCUCGUCCGUUGGAUCAGCCAAUUUUUUCCUUGUGCGACCACCGCCUAGCCACUCAAAAAGCGUCGUAUUCUUGGGGACUUCUGGGGGGGCUGGCUCUGAAAUAGUUGACUCCGUUAAAAAAAUAAGCAGGUCGAGCGGAUCACCGGAUCGGGUGCUUUUCGUUGUUGCCAUUCCCAGUGACGAGGUUGUUAAAUUCUAGCACGAUCCGGAGUCGGGCCGGGCGACCACCCCGAUCUGAGCGAAGUUCCCGGGAUAACCACUCUGGCCGAUCCAGAUCCAGCGCGACGCCCCGGGCGGAGAUCGCUAGUGCCCCAGAGAGAGGGACGCGGAGAGAGAGAGACGAAGAGAGAGAAGGACGCAGAGAGAGAAAGAGAGAGAACGCGCGCCAGGGACAGGUCCCAUCCGACCUCGACCGGAGACGAGUCAUGUGUGUCGCGACGGCGGCGUCCUCGUCAAUCCCCGCCCGCUAAACGACGUCGUGGUUGGCUCUACCUAUGCGUGUCGAGACACGAUGGACGGAUCCUUGGCCAUGUUGGAUGACCAGUUCGAUCCCCCGGCCAGGAUAUUCGAACGCCUCCGGCAGAUAGGCAACUUUGCUUGGGACGAAUCCAGGAGGCCAUUUCAUUCUAGCUACGAUACCUGGUACAUCUACGGCACCAAAUUCGUCUCUCCCUACUCGACCGUUACGACGACAAACUCCCUUCAGGCCCUAGGCAAUCCGCCCGCGAUCGCUAAAUUAGGCCCGAGCCGCACGUUGUCUGGCGACGUCUACGCCGCAUUCUUACCCCACAGCGACGCCAGCAGCGAACGUUCUUCCACUUCGCCGCCCGCUCUCUCGACGCUCGCCGCCGACUUUUCCAACGUAGAAGCGCUCCCGAUAAUCGCACGCGUGUCCUACCAUGUCCUUCGCGAGGAGAGGACAUUCCACAUUGCCAAGAACCUGAUCGCUACCGCCGACCCCGACGGCGUGCACAAUGUAAAGCCGAUCGAUCUCAUCCGCCUCACCCCCCAGCCGGGCGAUCGUGCGGCCAUCAUCGUGGCUAUCUACGAAAACGCAGGCAAGAAUUACCUCUUCAAGGCCCUAGAUCUCGGGCCCGCCUUCUACUAUGCGAAGAAAGUCGACGAUCGAUUCGAGGCUUAUCGCAAGGAAGACUUCUCUCUCGAUCCCCCCAUCAGCCUAAAGGAUUUCCUCGAUUUUGCUAUCGGCGCUGCUCAGUGCCUAGAGCUGCUACACCAUGGCUACGGCAUGGUCCACGGAGAGAUCAGAGCCGACGCGUUCCACUUCAACGUCGAGACCAAUAAGGUGAAGCUGAUAUCUUUUGGCUCUGGGGUGAGGUCGUUCGAACAUGGACUCACUAGCACAGGAUGGUCGACUCUUUCCAAGGAGCUCGGCGCCAAAAACAAACUAGUCUACAUCAGCCCCGAGCAAACCGGCCGCAUGCCCGCGGAGCCUGACACGAGGACGGAUAUCUAUUCUCUGGGCGUGUUGUUCUGGAUGCUUCUGACCCAACAGCCUGUUUUCACGGGAGCUACGCCGUUGGACAUCGUGCAGUGCGUGCUGAGUCGCCGCAUCCCCCUGGUGUCGAGUAUCCGGACGGACGUGCCCGACGUUCUCGGCCGGAUCAUACAAAAAUGCACCUCUAAAACCAUCUCGGAUCGAUACCACUCGGCGAGUGGCCUACGCCACGACUUGCAGAUGGUACAGAAAUUCCUAGGGAAUGGCGACUGGAAGGCCUUGAAGGAGUGGCGCAUCGCCUCGAACGACAUCUCGUCGUUCUUUAUGCUGCCAACAACUAUGGUGGGGCGCCAGAAAGAGCUUGACAAUCUCGUGAAAGUCAUCGAGAAAGUUGCAAAGAGCCAUUCCCUUGGCAGCUUCGGGGCUACCAACCGGUUUUCGGAUUGUUCAGCUCCGUCAAAUGAUCCCGCCGACACCGCCGACGUCUCUAGUGAAGGCGCGAGUUCUGCUGAAGGAGGGGCUCGACGAAGCGGCUCCUUCACUCGAACCAACACGUCAGAUCCUAAACCAUCGAGAAGUGUCGCCCAGUCCCCGGCGAACGGGGUAGACGUCCAGACUACAUCCGGUGAUACCGUCUCUUCGAGCCAAUCCGGUCCUAAAUUGCAACGGCCGUGGGACAGGCAUCAAUCCGUCUCUCUAGAAUCAAAGAACGCUCUGGAUUCCGUCGGCGAGCGCCAGUCUUCGCGACAUAGCACCACAGAUACCACUAGUCUUUCGAGGCAACUGGGGUCGGCGAAGUUUCGAAGGCGGGGACACUGCGAGGUCAUAACUAUUAAGGGUGCUGGGGGUCUAGGGAAAAGCUUUCUAGUUCAGCAGGUGUUGGCCGAUGCCAGGAGAAGGGGUUACUGCGCGACGUCUAAAUUCGACACGGCCCGGAGGACCGCGUUCGGGCCUCUACUUAAGCUCGUCUCGUCGCUAUUCAAGCAAGUAUGGGGAGAGAGAAACACAGAGACUCCCCUACAUCGCGCUUUGAAGGACUACGUUCGGCCGAUGUGGCCGGUGCUUCACAAUCUUCUCGGGCUCCCGGAGUUCCUCCUCGGUCCACAAGAACCGGGGGCGGUCCGAGCCCCUUCUCUGGCGCACAACCUCACGAACGGUCGAAUGAAUCGGGGGAGUAUGACUAGACGCAAUUCAUCUCCCAUGAGCUCUCCGGGAAGGUCACAUCUUCAGACCCAGAGCCCACGCGUAUCGUCACAAAGCUCUCAAGACUUCUUACGGGGUGGUGCAUCUACGAAGACGAUCCGCCUCAUGAACACUUUUCUAGAUCUACUGAGGAUAUUUACGACUCACCAUUUCGUCUGUCUGUGCCUCGACGACCUCCAGUUCGCCGACGACGAAUCCCUCGAGCUGAUCACCCAAGUGAUUUCAGCCAGGCUUAGGAUGGUUCUUAUAAUAACCUACCGGCCCGAAGAGCUGUCGCCAGAAAAGGUGCAAAAGAUAUUGCAACCGGCGGAGACUGAGGGACACCCCAAGUCUGGCGGCCCUAACAUUACCAGGAUUACCUUGGCGCCUCUGACCGAAUCUGAGAUUUUACAAUACGUGGCAUCGACGUUAUGUCGGCCUCAAGAGGACGUCGCCUCUCUCGCUCUCGUUAUCCAAUCGAAGACCGCUGGUAACCCUUUCUACAUGAGGGAGAUGCUGAAUGCCUGUUACCGCAGAAGGUGUAUCUGGUACGGUUAUAGGGAGAAUAAGUGGUUAUUCAACCUAGACAGGCUCUUCGAGCAAUUCAAGGGCGAGGAUAAUUACGAUGUCUUGAAUACGGAUUUCAUCACUCGUAGACUGAGCGAGCUCCCCCCGGCUGCGCGGUCGAUUUUGGCAUGGGCUGCCCUCUUGGGCAAUACUUUCUCAUUCGGCCUCGUAUGUCAGCUUCUGGCUGGCGUGUUUGAUAUCGUCGAUGGCGGCAGCGACGAGCCGAAUGCCAGUCUCUAUCGCACCGUAUAUUCGAAACCAGAAGCAAUAGCAGGCCUGCAAGCGGCAGUUAACGCCUGCAUCAUUGUACAAGGGGAGACCGACGACAGAUUCCGGUUCGCCCAUGACAGAUACGUCCACGCCGCAGCGUCCUUGAAAGAAUGCAACACUUCUCAAAUGCACUUCGCCAUUGCGGAGACCCUGCUGAAAAAUCACGGAUCCGAGAGUAAAGUGCGAGAUAACACCGCCUCGCACAUUGCCGAAGCGGUCGAGAUCAUUAAGUGCCGCGUCGAUCUUCGCCAGCCGUACCGGAAGCACUUGAUGGAAUGCGCGGCGCUGGCUGUGGAGAACGGUGCGCGGCCGACGGCAGCUAAAUAUUACCACAGUGCCAUAAUGCUCCUGCAGCCGGACCCGUGGACAGAAGGCGUGGAAGACGUCGACUACGACGAGACCCUCCAGUUGCACCUGCGGGCGGCACAGUGCUAUAUCUACAUGGGGAACAACAUCGCUGCCAACAACCUCGCCAAUACGGUGCUCCGAAGCGCGAAAUCCCCCGAGGACAAGGCCCCUGCUUGGCUCCUCCAGGCGAGAGUCCAGGCCCAGAAUGGGGAUGCGGAAUCGGCGCUCGCUACCUUGAAAGAAUGCCUUUGCCAGCUGAAGGUCGAGUUCGACACCCAGCCGACCUUUGAGAAGUGCGACGCCGCAUUUACGGAGGUGGCCGCCAGUAUCAAAAGCAUGGACCGGGCACAGAUAUCAACUCCGCUCGGGCCCAACGACCCUCGCGAGGUGAUCGUCGGUGCCAUCCUCGUAGACGCCAUCAGUGCUGCUUGGUGGAGCGACACACUGGAAUUCUACAACCUAGCGCUCACACAUGUCAAGCUUCGUCUAAGGCGCGGCCGCUUCCCCGAUGCUAGCACUGCUUUCCUCCACAUCGCCUUCAUCGCGUUGUCUCGGUUCAACAUGGUUGAAUUCGCCGCAGAGUUAGGCAGCCAAGCUCUGGAGCUCCUAGAACGGACUCGGGAUCCCUACUCCGUCACACGCGGCUAUAUGAUUUACGCUAACUUCAUUAGCCACGUCCAGGUUCCGAUCAGCGUUGCCGUCAAUCACUCGGAGAGGUCGAUUGAGUCCGCAGCCAAUGCUAGUGAUCGUAUAUCUGUCAUCCUUAGUUACGGCCUCUCGUGCCAAAUCAGGUUUUUCGCGAGUGAAAACGUCGUCUACCUGGAGUCGAUUUGCCAAUAUUGCUGCGAGGAGAUACCAGGUUGGCAUCAGGACACUAGAGGCGGUGCUUUUCUGAUAGCGGUAAGGCAGAUAUGUCGGGCGCUCCAGGGGAAAACGAAUACCACCAACGCGGAGGCGGUGAUGACUGACGAGCAACACAACUCGAAUGUUUACAAGACGUGGCUCAACAUCCAGACACGAAAUGGCGGGCGGUCCGUCUUGAUCUACGAGACGAUGGAGAUCAUCGCGUUAUUUUUAUACGGCCACUACGAGAAGGCCUGUGAGAUAGGACGUAGAUGUCUCCCGAAGUUGGAUCUGAUCUGGUCCUCUCGUAACACCCGAGUCGUCUUGGUAUUCCACGGCCUUGCCCUCGCCGGCCUCGUGCUGAGGAGGCUGAACGACCCGCGCACCGUCCCCGCCGACCUGAAGAACGAAGUUCAGGAUACCAUCAUACAACUCGAGGGUCUCAACAAGAAGAUAAAAGACUGGCAGGUGGUAUCGGAUGCUAACUAUCUCCCUUGGUCGAAGUGGCUCGAUGCACAGAUCGCGGAGCUUCGUGAAGACCAUGGCCCGGCUAUCCGGCACUACGAAGCCGCGAUGGAUCACGCCUCGGAGUAUAGUCUCCUUUUCGAGGAGGCCCUCGGGAACUUCUUGAUGGCCGGCUUCUUCGUCAGGCAGUCCGCGAGGAGAUCAGCGACGGCAGUGCUGAGGGAGUCGGUCGCUCUCUGGCGGCAACUAGGGGCAAGCGGCAUAGCGCAGCAUAUCGAAGAGGAUCAUGCGUUCCUUCUUCAGAGCCCCACUCGCCAUUCGAGAACCGCCGAAGUGGGCGUCCAGACCGAUUUUGCCGGAGACUCGGCUUCCGUCACCUACGCGGCAGACAGCGAAGAGGUCCCCCAGUCGGUGCAGCCGGUGAACGUGGAGACAAAAGAAACCAGAAUGGCUGCCUGGCGCGGCUCGACGCAACCAGAGGCGGGCGCUGGCUUACCCCCUCUCGACAUGAUCGACCUACACGCCAUCCUGGUCUCGUCUCAGAUCAUCUCAUCUGUCUUGCAAGUCGACGUCCUGCUCAAGACGAUGUGCGACGUUAUUCUCCAGACUUGUGGCGGAUCCGCGACCCAAGCUGCCAUUAUCGUCCAGGACGAAGACGACUUGGAGGACAGCUGGUGUAUCGCGGCUAGUGGCGACUCUGAAAAGGGCGCCACCGCCCACAUCCCCGGGCAGCCGCUCGUAGGAACGUCGCUAGUCGCCGAAAACGUCGUCCUAUACUGCGCUCGAUUUCGCGAGUUCGUCUUCAUCUCUGACCUCAUUAGCGACGAGAGAUUCGGUAACGUCAGCGAGUCCUGGCUGCAGAAAAACCCGCAGAGCAAAGCGCUCAUCGCGAUUCCCAUCUGCCACGGGUCGAAGCCACUUCUCGGGGUCCUAUACCUAGAGGGUGAGCCCGGCUCCUUCACAGACAGAAACAUCACCAUCCUACAGUUGCUCGUCAACCAGAUCGGCAUCAGCUACUCCAACGCCCUCGCGAUGAAGGCGGUAGAAAAGGUGUCUUCCGAGAACGAAGCCAUGGUGCGGAUACAGAAGCAAGCGGUUUCCCAGGCCCGGGAAGCCGAGGCCAAGGCAAAACAUGCUGAGGCUGAAGCUAAGCGCAACGUUAAAAUCGCCGAAGAAGCAGCUAAGGCUAAAGGAAUAUUCCUCGCGAACGUAUCUCACGAACUGCGCACCCCCCUCAACGGCGUGAUCGGCAAUUCGGAACUCUUGAGAGACAGCGACCUCAGCAAAGAGCAGCUCGAGAUGGCGGAUUCGAUCCGCGUGUCGGCGGAUCUGCUGCUCACGGUCAUCAACGAUAUUCUCGACUUCUCGAAGAUGGAAGCCGACAAGAUGAAACUGUACAUCACCGCGUUCAACCCCGAAGAGAUGGUGCGGGAGGUUGUGAGAGCCGUCUCGUACAGCAACAAUCGAGAAAGGCCAUCCAAGAAGAACGUCAAGAUCAUCCAGGACAUAAACCUGCCGCCGAUGCUCAUAUACGGAGACCCGAUCCGCUUGCAUCAAGUGCUCGGUAAUCUGAUCAGCAAUAGCUUGAAGUUCACCGAAGACGGUUCCAUCACGAUUGGUGCCAGGGUUGACUCUAACACAUCCGACAGGGCGAAGCUCACGUUCUGGGUCGAGGACACCGGCAUCGGUAUCCCACCUAAACAGCUUGCCAAGCUAUUCAAGCCGUUCAGCCAGGCGGACGCCAGCACCGCGCGGAAGUAUGGCGGGAGCGGGCUCGGCCUCAGCAUCUGCAAGUCGCUUAUCGAGACCAUGAUGAAGGGCCGGAUCAAAUUGGAAAGCCAGGAGAAUAGGGGCACGAGAGCUUCGUUCACGGUCACAUUCGACAAGGCAAGGCCUGAGGUGUCGGCAGGAGAAGCCCAACCUAUACCCGCGACUCAGGUCGUCGGUGGGAGACGCGACUUUCUCCAACCCGCUCCCAGCCAAUCCCCGACGAGCUCACUCGUAGAUCUGGCGCGGAUACCUAAAGACCAAAUUCGUAUUUGCAUAGCGGAAGAUAACCACAUCAACCAGAAAAUAGCCAUCAAAUUCGUCCACAAGCUUGGGUACACCAAGGUCGACGCCUACGAAAACGGACUGAAGGCCGUAGAAGGGCUACGGCAGAAGGCCAAGGAAGGGAUCCCCUACCAUGUCGUCUUGAUGGAUGUUCAAAUGCCCGUCCUAGAUGGCUACGAAGCCACAAAGCUCCUCCGGAAGGACCCAGUCGAAGAGGUCAGGAAGGUCUUAGUCAUCGCCAUGACAGCCUCUGCAAUUCAAGGCGACCGAGAAAAGUGCUUGGCGUCGGGUAUGAAUGACUAUCUCGCCAAACCAGUUAAAGCGGACUUGCUCAAGAGGAAGUUGGACACCUACACCACGGGAACCGUUCAACCCCCAACUCCACCUGCGAGGAACCUGUCGGACCCCAUCCUCGCCCAACGAGCGCAUCUUGCAUCGUCAAAUAGCGGUAUUACGCCGACGGCCAACCCGUCCAUAGCGAGCACCAAUGGACAGGUGAACGGAUCACCGCCUCUUAUCAUACCGGCGAGACAGAGUAUCAGGCCGUCAGAAGUUUCUGAGGGUAUGUCGAGCGAGAUAACCCCACCAGCGGAAGGUCGCGCCGCCGCACCGCCAGAUCCCGCGUCCUCGCCGCAAUCAGCAGAACACCCAGAGCAUAAGUCAACCAGAAGCGGUAGCAAUAGCGAAAUCGAAUUGACGCCCGUCAGCGACGGAAGUCUGAGCCCCUAACAGGGUCUUUUUUUUUCCUAUUUUGGCACCGAAAGAUGAUCUAGGCGGACUAGUGUACCGGGGACUCGGAGCAUCCAGGAGAAAGGCGGGGAAGGGAAGGGAAGGGAAGGGCAGGGACUGGGUUGCGUGUUUAGAUAAGUCCCCCCUCCCUUUCUUUACAGGAAAUGACAAGGAGAUGAAUUUGGCCAGGUGAAGGGGUUGAGGGAAAGGGGGAGACGGGGGGGGGGGGGGGGG